AUGUCCGACGAAGAAUCGCACGAUACAUCGUAUAGUACAUCGGUAGAGAGUGUUGGUGAUGAUAAGAAUGAUGCCGAGCCCGAAGAAGUGGACAUCAAGAAGACCAAAGUUUACAACACUCUUUCACCUUGGAAGAAGUUUUGGCACUCAGCUAGAGAGUUCUCGCCCAUGUAUACGGGAUGUUUCCUGUUUUCUCUCAUUCUUAUCGGUUUAAAAUACCUUAUCAUUGGUUUAGGUAUAGAUAAAGAGUAUCCCCUGUCAAAAGGCGGCCAGGAUAUGCUAGUAAGUACUUCAACAGUAGUUGCUAGUCUUGGUUGGGGGUUUUUAGGCUUUACAGCGGUAGAUUGUACCGUUUAUUACUUGAGUGGGUACUUGAUGAACAAAAUCGAGUGUUUAACUUUGGCUAUGUUCUAUACUAAUGGCGUGUCGACCUUACUAACUGCCUUGAUAUUCUCUUUUGGCGCCAUGAUCUACUUUAAGAUCAAGGCUGAGGAGUACAAGCUAAGUAGUACACAUAGUAUUAGUUUAGACCAGAUCUUGGUUACUGUCUUUUUUGUCUUCCUGCUGAUUACAACUAAGGACAUAUUUGUGAAACGAUUACGGAUGGGAUUCAACCAUACCAACUACCUGACUCGAAUUCAAAGAUGUCUUCUAGAACACCAGUUUGUGAAGACUCUCGAGAUAGUCAAAAGGAGAAUUAAGGGACAGAAAGGAGGUAAGUUGAAGCGUUACUGGAUGUUCUCCCAGCCUUCUUCCCAAGAGAGACAUAGUGAUGAAGAGUCGGCCGAUGGCACACCAGCUAACGAGACUCCAGAAGACACUGAGAAGUACAUUAAGCCCAAAACCCUCGUUCUUUCUGAUGAAACAAUUGGCACUCGUCAAAAGAUGAUUAUCUUCAAGGAGUUUGAGAAGAUCAUGAACACUAAGUUCUAUCACAUGGAAAAAGGACUUGGGUUCUCAUCCGAUCUUAAACAGCAUGCCCAGCAAAAGGCUGAGAAGAUUGCGCACUGGUUGGCCGUGGAUAAGAAGAAGUUCCAAGUCCGACACCUGAAGAAGUACGUGGACAGUGAGUACGUAGAUAAGAUCACUCGUAUUCUAGGCAUGCAAGAGACUCAGCCUCUGGCCGAAAAGGAUAUUGCCGCUCUGAUAGAGAGAACUCGACGAGAAAAGUACUCAGUCAAGAAGAGUUUGAUCCAGAUGGAUAAAGCCCUGAUUCGAGUUAGUCGGUUUGUUACAGCGACUAUUCUGGUCUUUGCCGUUGGUGUCCAACUUUCCUCGACCUUAUCCCCUAAUGAUGCAAUCAAGAGUAUUUUUGGUACGUUCUUUGGCGUAGGAAUUAUCUUCCAAACUAGUGUAAAGAAUGCGAUUGAUAGUGUUAUCUUCUUGUUUAUUGUUCAUCCGUACGAUAUUGGUGAUCGAAUUCGGGUGGAAAUUGAUAAGGAAGAAUUGAAUAUGGUCGUUACUGAGUUGAAUGUAUUUUCAACUGUCUUCUACCAGUGGGACGGUGCUAAGAUAUACAUUCCCAACCAUGUACUGCUGCAAAAACCGAUCACUAAUGUCCGCCGCAGUGGACUAAUGGCUGAGAACAUUGUCUUCCAAAUCGCCUUUGAUACACCACCAGAGAAAAUCCAACACCUCAAGACCGAAGUGUCUAAGUUCAUCAAGCGCCAUCCCAAAGACUUUGCCCCUUACUUCAUGUUCAACUACCAUUGCAUUGAAGAUACGAACAAACUACAUCUUAAAAUCUACCUACAACAUGCCACUAAUUGGCAGCACUACGAGGCUUAUCUACAACGCAAAGCCAAGUUUGUUAUGUUUUUGAAACAAGCCAUUACCGAACAAAAGAUCGAAUAUUAUCUUCCCGUUCAAAGAAUCGAAAUCCUCAAAAAUUCCAAACCAACCGCUUCUCUUUCCUCCACUGCAUAUCCUGCUGCGCCCAUCCAAUCGGCGCCAGCCACUGAGCCAUAA